UGAAAAUAUAGACUAUGCUGACACGCAUGACUGACCAUGAGGUUUUUUUAGGAGCUUCAUAUAGACGUAGACAUGACUCUUGGCAGUCAAACCACAACUUCUUGGGCUACCUUAGCUACUGCAGGGAAAUUGAUGCUGAUUUUUUUCAUACAAUAAAUUAUUCUGACUUUAUGAGGACGAAAUUGUUUCCGUCCGAACUUCGUGUGCCUGUUAAAAUGCGUUUCUUCCCAGCUUUAGCCGUGUUUCUCUUCUUUACAUACGGCCUGUCCGAAGCCGCGCGCCCGGAAAAAUGCGGCUCCCGGUGCGACGUGAGCUCCUGUCCGAGCCCCAGCUGUCCCGGCGGCUACGUCCCGGACAAGUGCGGCUGCUGCCUGGUGUGCUCGCCGCGGGAGGGGGACCCUUGCGGCCGCAAGAACGACCUGCCGUGCGGGGACGGCCUGGAGUGCAAGACGCUCUCUGCUUCCGACGCGGGGAAGCGGCGGGGCUCGUCCAGAGGGGUCUGCCGGUGUAAGCAGGACCACGAAGUGUGCGGCACCGACGGGAAGACGUACGGAAACGUUUGCAAGCUGAAAGCUGUCAGUCGGAGAGCCGUGCAGAAAGGGAGAGCAGCAGUGAGCCAAGCGCACAAAGGACCGUGUUCGACUCCGGACCUAGGUCGUUCUCUCACCCGUCCCAGCAGCCCCCGAUACAAGUUCAACUUCAUCGCCGAUGUCGUGGAGAAAAUAGCUCCUGCCGUCGUCCACAUCGAACUGUUUGUCAGACACCCUCUGUUUGGUCGCCACGUGCGUCUGUCCAGCGGGUCCGGUUUCAUUGUGACUCACUCGGGUGUGAUUGUGACCAACGCUCAUGUGGUAACCACCACCGGCACGGUGACCGGGAGGCCGCAGCUGCGGGUCCAGCUCCACGACGGAGACGCAUACGAGGCCGCGGUCAGGGAUGUAGACAGGAAGGCGGACAUAGCGACCAUCAAGAUCAAUCCGCAGAAGAAGCUUCAUGUGCUGUCUUUGGGCAGUUCGGCUGAUCUGAGACCAGGGGAGUUUGUGGUUGCCAUCGGCAGCCCCUUCGCCCUGCAGAACACGGUGACGACGGGCAUCGUCAGCACGGCUCAGAGAGACGGCAAAGAGCUGGGCAUCAAGGACUCAGACAUGGACUACAUCCAGACUGACGCCAUUAUCAAUUAUGGCAACUCUGGAGGACCUCUUGUGAACUUGGACGGCGAGGUCAUAGGCAUUAAUACUCUGAAAGUGACCGCAGGAAUCUCCUUCGCCAUUCCCUCAGACAGGAUCAGUCGCUUCCUCUCAGAGUCACAGACCAAAUAUACCAAAGAGAAGACCCGACUGCAGAGAAGACGCAUGGAGGAGACUCAAUCUGACACAGAAACAAAGAAGUACUUUUUAGGCAUCAGGAUGAUAACAAUCACCAAAGUUUUAACGGCAGAGCUGAAACUUCAAGAUCCGGACUUCCCCGAAGUCAGCAGUGGCGUUUUAGUGCAGCAGGUGAUUCCUAAAAGUCCUGCUGAGAGUGGAGGCAUUCGGGCUGGUGACGUUAUAGUGAAGCUAGACGGACACCUGGUGCACGCCACCGAAGACGUCCACCGAGCUCUGCAGAGCGAUCUUCCUCUCCUGCUUGAGAUUCGCAGAGGAAACAACGACUUGCUGUUUAACGUCCGCCCUCAGCUGCUUGGGCAUUGAA